UUCCGGUGUAAGAAAUCAGCGCGCUGAAUUCGAGUCUGUCUCUGUCAGCUUUCUGACAGCACAGCGGACCGUCUAUAGAUUCUUGGCUACCAGGGCUUUGGUUGAUGCAAGUAAUCAGGAUUGAUAACGUACAUGGUGUAAGUUUUUGCAGGAAUGGAGGGCGACAGAAUGGAGGUGGGAAACCAGAAACUAAACAUCCAUGUGGAGGUCCAUGUGAAAUCUCACAGCACAGCCAAACUGUCUGAGGUGAGGAUGCAUGUUCUGGCUCUACUGAAUCGCCACAGCAUGCUGUUUGGAAACUACAGAUGGAAAGAGUUUGAUGAAGACUUCCUGCAGAAACAUGUGGAAUCUGUGGCUCUAGUUGAUCUCGAGGAAAUGGUGAAACAGCCCCUUGAUUUGAAGAGUUGCACCAUUUCCGUUCACAUCUUCACUCUGAAUGAGGAUGGACCCAGCACGCUUAGCUUGGAGGAGGAUGAGGAGCUUUCAGCAGCCAAUCACUGGUUGCUGCCAGCAGCUGAAUUCCAUGGGAUUUGGGAGAGUCUAGUGUAUGAGAGUGGAGUCAAAACCCAGCUCCUGGAUUAUGUUACAACGACAAUUUACUUCUCAGACAAAAACGUUGACAGCAACCUGAUAUCAUGGAACCGUGUUGUGCUGCUUCACGGACCUCCGGGCACAGGGAAGACAUCACUGUGCAAAGCUCUUGCCCAGAAGCUGUCAAUCAGACUGUCAAGUCGGUAUUCUUAUGGGCAAUUUGUCGAGAUAAACAGCCACAGCUUGUUCUCAAAGUGGUUCUCAGAGAGCGGUAAGCUGGUCACGAAGAUGUUUCAAAAGAUCCAACAACUGAUUGAUGACAAAGAUGCUCUUGUUUUUGUUCUGAUUGAUGAGGUGGAGAGUCUGACAGCAGCUAGGAAUGCCUGCCAGGCGGGAACAGAGCCCUCCGAUGCCAUCCGAGUGGUCAACUCUGUUCUAACUCAGCUGGACCAGAUCAAACGACAUUCCAAUGUUGUGAUCCUGACGACCUCCAACGUGACAGAAAAGAUAGACUUGGCGUUUGUGGACAGAGCUGACAUCAAGCAGUACAUCGGACCUCCAUCUGAGAAGGGCAUCUACAACAUCUACCUCUCCUGCCUGGAGGAGCUGAUGAAGUGCCAGGUCAUCUACCCCCGGCAGCAGCUGUUUACCAUGUUUGAGCUCGAGACGAUGGGCUUUGCAGAGAGUGAGGUGUCCGAACAUAGUCUGAGCCUGAGGAACAUUGCUCUAAAAAGCAAAGGUUUGAGUGGAAGAGCACUCAGAAAGUUACCAUUUCUAGCCCAUGCUCUGUUUGUAAAGACACCGACAGUGACUCUUGAGAGGUUUCUGGAUGCUAUGGACCAAGCGGUGGAUAAACAGAGGGAGGAAAAGGAUAAUCUGGUCAACAGUGUCUGAACUAAUUAUAAUACCCAAAGGCUGACACGUGAUUGUUCAUGAGCUCUCAAUCCCAUGCCUUGUUUGUUGGUAGUUUGGAUAACUACAGCACUUACAUCUUUUAAUAAAGCUUAAUCAAUUCAUCUGGCAGCAUAUGUUCAAUACAUUUGCAAGUUUUAACGAAUGCUAUCUAUAACUUUAUAUGUCUUUAUUCUGGUGGUGCUACUACCUUAAAAGACCAAAUUAAUGUCGGUUUCAAUAUAGGCAGUCUGGUUUAAGAUGGGGUACCCAAUGCUUGAAUUUUUUGUUAUAUUACCCAAGUGUACUCUGUUGUUAGUUUAAACUGAUAUUUUUAUGUAACAUGCAGCUUUAACCAUAACUUCAUUUUGUUCCCAUGUUAAAGGGAUAGUUCAGAUUUCUAUUGCCAUAAAUUAUUUGUAUUAGUAUUGAUAUGACUUCAGACACAUUAGCUCAAUCUGCGGAUUUCGUUGGAUAUGUCCCAUUGAAAUGGCAGCUUGUUGGACAGACAUUAAAACCCUUCUUUAGGCCAGAGGCCUCAGUGGACAAUGAAGCAUCAGAAACGAAGGAAUGAUGAAGCAAUUAAUUUUUUGACUGCUGUGUUGGGAUUUUAAGUGUUUUUGUUAACAGUUUCCAUUCUCUGCUGUUCAUUUCUGUCAUACAAGUUGCCAACUCACAGAGAUACUUCCAUCCACAGGAUCUGUAGAAUAUGAUGUUCAUGUACAAAUUUUAUGUUGAAAAAUGUGAACUGUCCUUUUAAACAUGCAGGAUCCUUUAUACAAUGCGUUUAUUUAAAAACAAAAUGGAUAUUCCUCUUAGACCAUGAGUUAAACAUGCUCUGUUAUAUUUGUCAGGUCUGUAUUUAUGCUAACAUCAACUCCUCUUUAAGCUCUCAGCGCUCAUAUGUUAUUUACAACUUUAUUUUGUAUAUAAAAUUGUAAUAAACUAAUUGUUUAUGC